AUGUGGCUGGUGCCCUCCCUCCGUGCUGUUCUGUGCCUUUUGCUCGUCGUCAUCCUUGCCAGCCACCGUGAGCCCGCGGCGGCCAUCACGCUGUCGACGUCGUCGCGAUGGAUCAUGGACCUGGCGGGGCACCGGGUGAAGCUGGCCUGCGUGAACUGGCCGUUGCACCUGGAGCUCGUGGUGACCGAGGGGCUCGGCAGGCAACCCGUGGGCACCAUCACCGGGAUGGUACAUGCAGAGGGGCGCGGAGGCGGUUCACGCGGCGAACCCUCGGGCGCUGGUGGUCAUGGGCGGCCUGAUCUACGACUACGACCUGUCCUUCCUGGCCGCGAGGCAGGUGGGCGUCAGCUUCGCGGCGGAGAACAAGCUGGUGUUCGAGGUGCACUGGUACAGCUUCUCGGACGCACGCGCGUGGGAGGCGGAGAGCGCCAACGAGGUGUGCGGCCGCGCCGCGGCGGGUUCCUCCUCGCCCGGGGAUUCCCGCUCUUCCUCAGCGAGUUCGGCGCCGACUCCCGCGGCGGCGACCGCAAGGACAACCGGUACUUCCCGUGCGCGGCCGCCGUGGCCGCGGAGCACGACGUGGACUGGGCGCUGCAGGGCAGCUACGCGCUCCGGCAGGGCGUCGCCGGGAUGGACGAGGGUCCUGGCUACGGCGAGGCGCUGCCGUACACCGUGCUGUUCCACCCGCUCACGGGGCUCUGCGCGGUGCGGCGCGGGGACGCGGUGACCACGACACUGGAGCUGGGCCCGUGCAACGAGACGGACGCGUGGGCGUACGCGCCGCCGUCGUCGACGCUUGUUCUAAGGGACGCCGCGGCCGCGGGGCUCCCGUGCCUGCGGGCCGAGGGGCGUGGCCAGCCCGCGCGUCUCGGCACCAACGCCUGCGGCGACCCCCUGUCGACGUGGCGCCUGGCGACAGACUCCGCGAUGCACGUCGCCGUCGACGCCGCUGCUCUUGGGCUGGGCGCCGGCGAGUACGGCGGCGGCGGAAUGCUGUGCCUGGACGUGGGCACGGACGGCAGGAGCAUCGUGACGAACCCGUGCGCGCGCCAGCGCGGGGACGGGGCGUGCGACCCGGAGGGCCAGUGGUUCAAACUGGUCACCAGCACGAGGCGCGUCGCGCGCAGGCCGGCCACGCUCGCCUAG